UACAUAUUUCUGUUAGCAGAUCCGUAAUAAGUUAUCCGUUGUAAAUACCCCUGUUUGUUGUAUAUCUCUUUAUUUGAAGAUAGAGAUGAAAGGAGAGCAUGGAGAUGUUGAUGAAGUGAUGGAGGCUUUCGGUGAGGAGAUCUGGCGAGGGAGUGAGGAGUCUUCGAUUUUUUGUGAUGUUUUUCCGGCUCUUCCUGAUUUUCCAUGCAUGUCGUCGACAUCGUCGUCGUCAUCGAAUCCGGCCUUGAAUAGGCAGUUUGUUUCGUCUUCGGCGUCUUCGGGUUGUUCGGCUUCUUCGUCUGCGGUGGUGAAAUCGGAUGGGAACUUGAGGAGUGUUAAGUAUGAGGUGGAUGUUUCGCCUUCGGCGUUGUCGUCGACGGAUUGCAUGGGUGUGAUGGAAGAAUUUGGGUACAUGGAUCUGAUUGAGGAUGGGAAUGAGGGGUGGGACCCGUCUUCGAUUUUUCGGAAUGAUGAUGAGACGAAUGUUGGAGAGGAGUUGAUAGAUCAAGGGGGGUUUAAAGAGGAGGAGCGAGUUGAGGAAGAGAUGGGAUUGGAUGAGCUUGGAGUGAUGUUUUUUGAGUGGCUAAAGACGAAUAAAGAGCAUAUUUCAGCGGAGGAUAUGAAGAAUAUCAGGUUUAAGAAAUCGACGAUUGAGUGCGCUUAUAAGCGUAUGGGGAGUUCAAAAGAAGGGAAGAAACAGCUCUUGAAACUUAUUCUUGAAUGGGUUGAGCAGUAUCAGCUUCAGAAGAAACGGAGCCGAGAGGCGGCUGAGGCGGCUGCUGAAGCUGCUAGUUCACAUCAAGUUCCCUGUCUGUAUCAGGAACCGAAUCCUAACCCUAACCCUAACUCUAACUUUGUGAAUUUCAUGCCGACCCCGGGUGCUAAUGCUUGUAUGUGGAUUCCUAUUCCUCAAAGUAGUAGUAUUGAUCCCCCGGCGGUAGUGCCUUCUGGGCCGGCUCCACCUGCGGUGGCUUAUUACCAGCCUUACCCUUUUGUUGGUGGUGCAAAUGUUGGUCCAGUGAAUUGUCAGCCUUACCCACCACAGAUGCCGCAACCAGAAUAUCAAAUGCUCGAGUCUCCUCAGUUAUGGCCGCGGUCACAGUUUGUUUUGGCCCCUCAAUAUAAUUCAUUUCCUGAUCAAAAUGGUAAUUUUGUUCCAAUUGCACCGCAUCCUGUUGCACCUGUCUAUGGAGAACAGUAUCCAUCUCAAGUUUACAAUGGAUCUAAUAGUGACAGGGUAGUGAGGUUGGCCCCUUCUGCUACCAAGGAAGCAAGGCAGAAGAGGAUGGCAAGGAAAAGAUGGGGUUCAUUUCACCGCAAUCAACCUCACCAAAAUCAGAUUCAGAAGACUGAUUCACCGGAACAAAUUAGUGAAAAGAAGCUUGGUGCAGAAAAUUUCACCAACAGCAUCAACGGACAAUCCAGCCCUGUCAAUUGGCUCUACUGGCCUGCUGUUGGGCCUCCAAAGUUAGCACAGCCUCCUAUGGCAGCACAAUCUCAGCAACCGGAUCAGUAUCAGCAGGGCUACCCAACCUUCCUACCAGUAAAAGCACAGAGCAAUCGUCGACCGGCACAACAGCAACAAAAGAAACAGGGGUUUAAAGGUGAGAAGAACUUGAAAUUUCUGUUACAAAAGGUGUUGAAGCAGAGUGAUGUUGGUUGUCUUGGAAGAAUUGUAUUGCCUAAAAGAGAAGCUGAAACUCAACUUCCACAACUAGAAGACCGCGAUGGCAUACAAAUUGUCAUGGAAGAUAUAGGAACUUCGAAGGUCUGGAACUUGCGCUACAGUCUCAGAUACUGGCCGAAUAACAAAAGCAGGAUGUAUGUCCUCGAAAAUACAGGAGAGUUUGUGAAGGAAAAUGGACUCCAAGAGGGUGAUUUCAUAGUCAUCUAUUCCGACAUCAAAUGUGGCAAAUAUCUUAUACGAGGAGUGAAGGUAAGGCAACCCGUGAAGGGGAAACUCGAGGCCAAGGUAACGAGGAAACACCAUAGCAACUCUGGAGCUGGCACCGACAUUCCUCAAAACCAUAGCAACUCUGGAGCUGGUACCGACAUUCCUCCAUAUACACCAUCAAAUUAAACAGACAGUGAAAUGAAUCCUAAUGUUCAAUUAGGACUACUCUGUAUAAGGUACUAAUCGACUAAGCUCAUUGAUUAAUGCUUGCGAGCCAA